CUCGGCACAAAAUUUCAUUUAAACAACCACCCAUUGCAAUCCACUGAGUGCACAGUAACACACAAAGGAGGAAGGGUGUGUGUCUUGUGUGAGUAAAAAAAAGUGGGAGACCAAAUCCAAAAGGCAAAAGGAGACAGAAACAGCAAGACAGAGAGCAAGAGACAGAGCCAAUCUUUUUGAGUCAUUUUGACGGGCAGUUAAAGGCCUACAGUGAAGGAAUUACAAGGACCAAGUCAGUGUGUAAUGGAACUUGACUGAGAGGACAACAAACUAGUCCACCUGUUCUGCACACAGGGCUUUUGAUGGAAGAUUGAUCUCUGGAUUUGACUUUUAGAGGACCUAACUCCACUUUGAACUUGUUGAUACACUGGAUAACUCGGUAAUUCAAGUAAGCAAGCGAAAACAAAGAUUUCUGAGGACAUACUGUACUAUAAAACACUAUAAAAGGACUGCUACUGUAGUGUUAUAUGAUUGAAAGAAAUGCUACUCUGUAUGCAUUGUUUAUAGAUUUGUGCAGACAAGUAGAGACAUUACUUCAGAAACAAAUUAAAAAUUACAAAUAUGUCUUAUUUAAAGGUCUAAUUAAAUACCGUUUACUAUUAUAAGAUACUGUACAAACUUCUACAUAACUGUAUAAAUGUAACUUGAUCGUAAGCACACUGCCGUAAUUACAAAGCAAGCUCAGGGAAGAAUUACAGACAUUUGUAAUUAAGGAAAAUCUAUAAAAGGCAACCAAGGAGAGGGUGAGGUCUGUGACGGAAAAAAGUCAGCCACAAGGACACCAAGACAGAGAACAGGACGUCAAUAAUCUCAACAAAAAAACAGCUCCUGCAGGGAGACAACACGCACCAUGGAUUCUCACGGAGGACACUACCUCAACAAAGAAGCUGUGCUGUCACCUUUAGGUGCAGCCCGAAUGUGCCAACUGCUACUCGGUUGCACCAUAAUGGCCCUUGUGUCCCACAGCGCAGGCUACAGCGCCUCCUAUGGACAUUUCUGCAUGUUCGUGUGGUGCUUCUGCUUUGCGGUCACACUGAUUGUGUUCACCUUGGACAUCACGCGGCUCCACACAUGCAUGCCCAUUUCCUGGGAUAACUUCACUGUGGCCUUUGCCAUGCUGGCAACACUCAUGUACAUCACUGCCUCCGUGGUCUACCCUGUUUACUUCCUCCAAACAGAGUGCCCUGAUGAGGGCUGUGAAGUCCAAAUGUACCGCAUUGCUGUCACUGUCUGCUCCAGUGUCUGCUGCUUUCCCUACGGUAUUGAGGUGUUCCUAACUCGGGCCAAGCCGGGAGCUGUGGUGGGUUACAUGGCCACUGUGUCUGGUCUACUCAAGGUGGUCCAGGCUUUUGUGGCCUGUAUUAUUUUUGGGGCCCUGGCCAAUGACAGUGAGUACACCCUCUACAUUGCCCCCCAGUACUGCGUGGUGGUGUACAGCCUGUGCUUCUCUAUCACUGUGAUAGUGGUCAUACUGACAGUUUCUGGUAGGACCUCUGCCCUGCGGUUCCCCUUUGACCGGUUUGUGGUUGUCUACACCUUCUUCGCUGUGAUUCUGUACCUCAGUACUGCACUGAUCUGGCCCAUCUUCAGCUUUGACAAAAAGUAUGGCAACACUACUCGUCCUGAGGACUGCCCACGAGGAAGAUGCCCAUGGGACAGUAAGCUCGUGGUGGCCGUGUUCACCAACGUCAACAUGAUCCUAUAUUUUGUAGACCUUGUUUACUCCCAGAGGAUUCGCUUUGUCUCCAGCUCUGCUGUGUGAAACACAUACCCCUCUAAAGACUGUUUAGAUCAAAAGACAAAUACUUACAAAUAAAGAAUCUUUGAGGCCACAUCCACAAUGCUCUACACAGUCAGGUCUCUGUGAAGGACUCAUUCCCUUGGAUCCAUAGAUUCAUGGUGUUGUAUCUUUAUUAGAUUUUUUUUUAAUAUCAGUAUUUCAUCACCUGUAGACAGUAUUACCCUAUUCUACAAACUUAAAAGGCCUUUCCCCAGUUCUGCAAUAACCUACCAGGAAAAGACUGCCAGGUGACAUCCUUCUGCUCCAGAUUCCUUUGGUGGUGGCCUACAGAAUGGACCUAUGGGAGUAUGGGAUAAUGUUUAGAAUAUCCAAACAGUGUUGUGUCAGUCAGAGUAAAAAAGCAAUUUAUUGAUGUAUUAGUAUAUGUAUUAAAAUGGAUGUAAACACUAACAUGGAUGAAGAUAUCAUAGAGAUGAACAGCAUAAAGUCUACACAGUAUGCACUGAACAUAGCUCUUGGUUUUGGUUUUCAUGCCAUUUUAUGUUUUUUUCCCCCACAUCUUGUUGUUAUAUAGGCUAUGUAAUAAUAUUAUUAAAAAAAUAUAUUUCCUGCCAUCCAUUGAAUGUUAAAUGUAUUGGAUACAUGAUUUUUUUAAAUGCAAAACUUUAUAGUAUCACAAUAUUUUAUUUGGAAUAAGCACAAUCAUGUAGUGAUCUCUUCUUUUGCUAUAUUUCAGAUAUGUGCCGUGUUUAAUAAAAUAUUUAACAGUAUGUUUUGUUGGUCUUUUUGAGUUUUUUACCCUUUGCUUUGUAUGAAGUAACGCUAGGUUUAAUUGAUAUGUGAACCUUCACUCUCAACUUUCAGAAGAAAGAUUUACACAGUGACAUCGUAAAUCUCAUUUGUAUAUUGGCAAAUGUUCAAAUCAAAAUUGGUCAGUUGAUUGCUGAAGUAUAUUUGAUUCAUAGCCUGAUUAAAUCAAAUUACCUUGAUAUUUCAGUAUUUGAUAGUCAUUUAUAAAUCAUGU